AUGGCUCCUCCACACAAGACCAAGAAGAUCAGCAAGAAGCAGCAGCUGAAGUUCACGAUCGACUGCACGAUCCCAGUGGACGACCACGUGCUGGAUCCGGCCUCGUUCGAGAAGUUCCUGCAUGACCGAGUCAAGGUUGGAGGCAAGACGGGCGUGCUCGGAGAUGCUGUCACGAUCACCCGUGAGAAGACCAAGCUGCAGGUAGCGGCGGUGCCUCCAUUUAGCAAGCGCUACCUCAAGUAUUUGACCAAGAAGUACUUGAAGAAGCAGCAGCUGCGUGACUACCUGCACGUGAUUGCUUCGGACAAGAACACGUACGAGCUGCGUUACUUCAACAUCCACGAUGCUGGCAAUGACGCAGAAGAGGAAGACGAGUAG